AUGAACUUUGAAGAGGCGGAAGACAUUAAUGGAAUCAGGUUCAGUUGGAACACUUUGCCAUCCACGAAGAUGGAAGCCAACAAGAUUGUUGUUCCAACUGGCUGUUUGUACACCCCUUUACUGACCAGGGAAGAAGGCGACUUACCAGUGGCUCAGUACGAUCCUAUUUACUGUAUGAAUCAAAACUGUAAAGCCAUCUUGAAUCCUUAUUGUUCAAUUGACCCAACAGGCUCUUGGUCUUGUCCGUUGUGUGGUAGUAGAAACCCCUUGCCUACCCAUUACCAUGGUAUUACUCAAGAGAACUUACCAUUGGAAUUGACUUCCAAUGCUUCAACCAUAGAAUAUAUUACUUCGAGGCCAGUUCAAAACCCUCCCAUCUUCUUGUUCGUGGUUGAUUUGUGCCAGGAUGAUGACAACUUGACAGCCUUAAAGGAUUCCUUGGUGGUUUCAUUGAACUUGUUACCUCCAAAUGCUUUGAUUGGUUUGAUCACCUACGGUACCAUGGUUCAACUUCAUGAUUUAGGAAGUGAAUCUGUCAGUAAGUCGUACAUAUUUAGAGGUGACAAGACUUAUACUGAUAAGCAGAUUUCUGAGAUGUUGAAUAAGCCAAUUUUGACUGGCUUCAAUGGUCAACCGGGUCAACCAAACAUGCCUCCUCAAUUUGGAAACUCAUUGAACAGGUUCUUCUUACCAUUAGAAGAAACUGAAUACCAAUUGACUAGCAUCUUGGAAAACUUGGCUAAAGAUCCAUGGGCUGUCGCUCAUGGUGAUAGACCUUUGAGAUGUAGUGGUUCAGCUUUAAAUAUUGCUUCGAGUUUGUUGGGUGCUACUUAUUCGGGUUUUGGUGCUAGAAUCAUGUUAUUCUCUUCUGGUCCGUGUACUUUGGAACCUGGUAUCAUUGUGAGCAACAAGUUGAAAGAACCUAUUAGAUCCCAUUCUGAUAUCGAUAAGGAUAAUGCCAAACACUUUAAAAAGGCCAACAAGUUCUACAAAUCUAUUGCUGAUAGGGUUGUUAAAAACUCUCAUGUCGUGGAUAUAUUUGGAGGUUGUUUGGAUCAAAUAGGGGUUUUAGAAAUGAAGGAUUUGUGUAACUUAACCGGUGGUGUCUUAUUAUUGACUGAUGCUUUCACCACUUCCAUUUUUAAACAGUCCUUCUUGAGAUUAUUCAACAAGGAUGAGGAAGGUUUCUUAUCAAUGGGUUUCAACGGUAUCUUGGAUAUCAAAACCUCCAAGGAAUUGAAGGUCAGUGGACUCAUUGGGCAUGCUUCUUCUUUGAGUGUUAAGACCCCCAAUGUAUCUGAAACUGAAGUGGGUAUUGGAGGUACUUCUCAAUACAGAUUGUGUGCAUUAUCACCUCAGCAUACGUAUGCGGUGUUUUUUGAUAUUGCAAACACCCAUAGUUUACCACCAAAUGCUCAAAGUUUUAUCCAGUUCAUUACUCAUUAUCAACACAGUUCUGGUACUUAUAGAUUAAGAGUUACCACUGUGUCAAACUUAUUGACAAGCGAUGAAAGAGUCUUGACCCAAAGCUUUGACCAAGAAGCUGCUGCUGUCAUAAUGUCGAGAGUUACCUUGUUCAAAUCUGAACAAGAUGAUGGUGCUGAUGUUUUAAGAUGGGUUGACAGAAUGUUGAUCAGAUUGUGCCAAAAAUUUGCCGAUUACAGAAAGGAUAUGGAUGAGUCCUUCAGAUUAAGUCCACAAUUCUCACUAUAUCCUCAAUUCAUCUACUAUUUGAGAAGGUCCCAGUUCUUACAAGUGUUCAAUAACUCUCCCGAUGAAACUGCCUUCUACAGACAUAUUUUGUUAACGGAAAACACCAACAAUUCGUUGAUCAUGAUUCAACCAACAUUGACAUCAUUCCAGUUAGACUCCGACCCUCAAGCCGUAUUGCUAGACUCGGUUUCCGUUAAGGAUGAUGCUAUUCUAUUAUUGGAUACUUUCUUCCACAUUUUAAUCUUUCACGGAAAGACAAUUAGUGAAUGGAGAAAAGCAGGAUACCAAGACCAGCCUGACUAUGCCAACUUUAAACAAUUAUUGGAAGAGCCUAAGCAAGAAGCUGCUGAAUUAUUGGUAGACAGAUUCCCAUUACCGAGAUUCAUUGACACUGAAGAAGGUGGUUCACAAGCUAGAUUCUUAUACUCCAAAUUAAAUCCAUCGACCUCAUAUAAUAACCAGGAUGUCAUUGGUAAUGGAGCUGUCGUUUUGACUGAUGAUGUUUCUUUACAGGUCUUCAUGGGUCAUUUGCAGAAGUUGGUUGUCUCUGGCUCCUCAUAA